UUUUAUUCUGACGGUCCUGGCAGGAAGCGUGUUGUUGUGUGCUCCUCGCUAGCUUGUAUAGCAUGUAAAGCACACCGUGUACCACAGCUGCAGCCUGCCCCGCGGUGUGUGUCCCUCUCUCUCUGUGUGUGUGUGUGAGUGUGAGAGUGUGAGUGUGUGUCCGCCACAGCCACCGUGUUGUACGUGUCCCCCUCCAGCUGUCGUGGGUCCACUCCAGACGGGGACGGUGAGACGUCCGACAUCGACUGUGAGAAUUCAUGUGCCUGAGAGUCUAACAUACACCGUCUGUCCAAUGGCUACCUCGGGCUCAACCAUUUCUGCCUCCAUUGACUCCGCUGUGCCUGCGGGUUUCCACUAUGAAACCAAGUACAUCGUGCUCACCUACCUGGGAAUGCUGCCUGUUGGUAGAUCACACACACUAUCCCCAGCUCAAGAAGACGCCCAGAAUGAGAGGGAGAGGACGAGACUGAUAAAAGAACGGAUAGAGGAAGAGCUGAGGCAACUGGAAGAUGAAAUGGCUGCUUCCUUUUCCACCACAGGCUUCGACCGCCGCUCGUCACCAGUCUUUAGUCCAACCAACCCGGAGAGCUUCAUUGAAGACUGCCUCGCUGUGAUGGGAAACCGGGUGGUCAGAGAGCUCGACACGUCCCUGGCAGCCGCAGUGUAUUCGCUCCUCACAGGGCAUCUGGACUACCAGAGAUUCAGAGACGCAACACUGAAUCUCUCAACACACAUACAGGGAGGCUGGAGCAAGGUGUUGGUGCCUCUGGUGCUGCUCCAGGCUUUACAAAGCGAGGGCCAGUCUGUGACAACUCUGUUGCAUCUGGGGAUUCGCCUGCUAGAGGAGGAUGAAGCUGGCUACAUCAUCCAGCAGGGGGGAUGGAGUGAAAUAUUCAGGCUUGCGUCAGAGGAGGAGCGAGGUGUGACCAUCGCCGAAGACAACAACGACAUCUACAUCCUCUCAGGGGAUCAGCAUCCCGACCAGCUCAGCCCUCCUUCGUCGCUUCUCUGCGCUGGAGACAACAGCAGCGGGCAGAGCUCCUGGCAGACGGAAAGCUUACCUGUGUCUCUGGCCGGCCACGAGUCUUGGGCUCAGGUUGGUGUGAUGGACCCCGAAGACGUGAAGAGCCUGGACAGCAACGACGGCGUGGCUCUGGCUGAGGAGCGCAGCGAAAACAAUUCGUCAAACUCGGACAUUGUUCACGUAGAGCGCGAGGAGGUCGAGCUGCUGGAGGAAGGCGGUGAAGUCGCAGCAAUAGAGGAGAGCAUGAUGAGCGUUAUAGGCACUGAAAGUGAGCUGGCCGAGCUCAGGGAGGAAUUUAGGGACCAGACUCCACCUGUUCCACUUUUAGCAGAGGUAGACUCCACAGCCCCAUGCUCCUUGAUUUCAUUAGAAGAGCACGUUGUUAUUGAGACGCCUGCAAGCUUGUCCGCAGAACCUUCCCUCAUCUCCUCAGAACCAGAGCUGCCUCCCCCGGUCAUAGAAGCUGCUGCUCCUCCCCCUGCAGAGCCAGAAUGUGCAGAGCCUUUACCUGUUCCUGCUGCUGAACCAGAGCCUGAGCCAGAACCAGCUGCUGCACCAGUGCCUGCUGAGGUGGCACCUCUGCCUGCAGCCAGUGAGAGCCCUGAAGUCACAUCAGAACCAGCUCCCGAACCAGAACAAGAUACAGAACCAGCUGCAGUGCCUCCCCAGCCAGAGGAGCCAGAGACUGUGGCAGAACCAGCUCUGGCCCCCGUUGCUGCACCUCUGGUCUCAGAGGAUGCAGGGGCCCCUGUAGAAGCCCCAGCUGAGGAGCCUCCAGUGCAGCUGGAGCAGGCGUCGGAGCUCUCAGCGCUGCUUUACGGAGGCGCUGCACUGGUGGCACUCGCUGCUGUCGUAGCGUACAGCAUCAUGAGCUACAGGAGAAAGUAGAAUAGAGAAGUUUCUUUCUCAGGGGAGAGGAAUGCACAUUACAGGAUGUUGAAUUAGUAAUUAAUGUAUUAGUAGACACAUGGUGGGAUUCUCCUUACAAAUUGUGUUGGAUUUAUCAAAUGAGGCCGAUUAGUUUUUUCAUCUGAUUUUUGAAGGUUUCAACUCAUCCUCAUCUUUACUUCCACAACUCCUCUCUGCUUCACUCCACCAGGCACAAACACAGAAAGGGGAAAAGGAUGCACUCCAAUUUGUUCCUUAAUUUCUUACUUAGUUUAAACUUGUAAAUCUCCAGUGCUUAAUCUCCUUGAUUACAAAGUGUGACUUUUAUCCCUGUUCUGUUAUUUUCAGUUUCUGUUGUGUCUGCAGCGUUUCUGUUAGUAUUGUGUCAUUUGACUCAGUGUAGACUCAAUGGAAAAUUCCAUGACGACACAUCUUGAGCUAAAGAAAAAGUUCACGUUUAAAAAAAAAAAUAAUAAGUUCACAUUUAUUAUUGCUGUGAGUUCAGGUUUUCUAUCCUGCAAAGCAGCAUCGAGUUAUAAAUGUUCCCCCUGACUUCUGAUACUUUCUCUGGUAAACAAACCAAAUGUAUAAUAUUGAAAUUGAAACCAGCAAUGUGAUUCAUUGUGAGACAUCUGGAUUGCACAACAGACAUUUUAGUUGAGAUUUGUUCUGUUUGUCCAUGUUGCACAAGGGAUGUGUUUCACUGAACACGCAGCAUGUUUUGGCUUGUGAAUUGAAACAUUGAUGGGUUCAAGUAUUUUCAUGUUUCCCAGGGUACAGUUCUGCUGCUGCAUUAAAUACCUCUGGGUCCAGAGUCGUGAAGUCCCAAAUAAAACAGUCUAGUACACUAAGUCACAGUAUAAGAUAUUAAUAAUUGUUGCUAAGGGUUUUUCAGAUACAGGAGUGAUGAUUCCGUGUAUGUCUCAAUAUUCCACAUUAAAAUACUCUACCUGCUCUCUAAGGGAAAGUGUCAUUGUACAGAGCAGGAUGGAUUUAAAAGACACUUUGUACUCUGACUUUCCUGAAAUACACUGAUUAUGAAAUGUGAAAAAUAAAAAUUUGGAUCAAAAAGAGCUCUUUUGCAGUGGUUUAUUACAAUGUUCAACAGUGUAAUUUCAUUUAUACAAACUCAACAUUUAUGACAUGAAAAAAAAGAUUGAAAA